AAUUCAAAUUUCUUCUUAAUCACUCAAAUGGCGUCUUUUCAAAGUAUCAAUUCCUUCUCUCAUCAAUAUCAAGGUUCAAUCAAUUUUCCUCAAUCAAAACGCAUCGAUCUAACCAGAAGAAGAACCUUGAUUCUCACUUGCGAACGAAAGAAUGAGUUUGAUUUUGAUCAAAACAAGUCAGGAGAUACAAAGAAGAAGAAUCUAAGGAUUCUGAUCGCCGGAGGAGGUAUAGGCGGUUUAGUAUUUGCUUUAGCUGCUAAGAAAAGAGGUUAUGAUGUUAAGGUUUUUGAAAGAGAUCUGAGUGCGAUUAGAGGUGAAGGUAAUCAUAGAGGUCCUAUUCAACUUUUGAGUAGUGCUUUAGCGGUUUUGGAAUCUAUUGAUGUUACUGUUGCUAAACAAGUUAUGGAUGCUGGUUGUGUUACUGGUGAUCGGAUUAAUGGACUUGCUGAUGGUGUUACAGGUGAUUGGUUUGUCAAAUUAGAUCUUUUGAAUCCUGCUAUUAGGAGAGGGCUUCCGGUUACUAGAGUAAUUUGUAGGAUGGCUCUACAAGAUAUAUUAGUGAAUGCUGUUGGGGACGAUAUAGUGAAGAACAAAUCCAAAGUUGUUGACUUUGUCGAAGAAUCCAACAAGGUCAGAGUGAUUCUUGAAAAUGGACAGCAUUAUGAGGGUGAUUUGUUGAUUGGGGCAGAUGGAAUAUGGUCCAAAGUGCGUUCAAGGUUAUUUGGGGCAAAGGAUCCGAGCUACUCGAGUUAUACUUGUUACAGUGGCUUAACUGAAUUUGUUCCACCUUAUAUUGAUUCAGUUGGGUAUAGAGUAUUCCUAGGACUGGAUCAAUACUUUGUUGCUUCUGAUGUUGGGAAUGGUAAGAUGCAAUGGUAUGCUUUUCACAAGGAAGCUCCAAUGAAUGCUGGGACAGAUGAUGGAGUUAAAAAGAAGAGGCUUUUGGAGUUGUUUGGCAAUUGGUGUGGAGAUGUGACAACCUUAAUUGCAGAAACUCCGGAAGCCAUGAUUUUACAUAGGGAUAUUUAUGAUCGAGAUAUGUUGUAUCGAUGGGGUGCAGGUCUUGUGACUUUGUUAGGCGAUGCUGCUCAUCCUAUGCAACCGAAUCUAGGACAAGGCGGUUGCAUGGCUAUUGAAGAUUGUUAUAGUCUCAUACUUGAGCUUGACAAAAUUACAAAACUUGGUUCAGGAGAUUAUGAGCCAAAAGACAUCAUUUCAGCUCUUAGAAGGUACGAGUGGAGAAGAAUUCCUCGAGUUAGCAUUGUUCAUAAUAUGAGCAGGAUGACAUCAAAGAUAUUAUCCAGUUAUAAACCAUAUGUGAAAAUUGAACUUGGCUUGUUUUCUUUCUUACCAUCUAAGUCCAUAGCACAUCCAGCCAUACCGGCUGCUCGCAUGAUUGUUCAAACUUUCUUGCCUAUUUACCUCAAUUGGAUGAUUGCAGGCACUGGAUUUUGGUGACGACUUAAGUCGGGUGCGAAUCGAAGUGACGGAUGGAUGGAUAUACUCAAUCAAUCAUAGGUUUGCUAAAGAAAUUGUCAAUAUUAGGUUUUGUAAUUGUAAAGAGAAUCUUGCUUGUAUUUGUAUUGUGUUGUAUUGAUUAUUAAGUUAUAAGGUUGCAAAAUAAAUGCAUAUGUUCAAUUAUUCAUCUAUUUACUUGGGCCUAAUAUGGUCUCCUCAAGCCCAUAUUGAAGGA